CCAGUACAGAAGAUUUGAACAGCGAGACUCUGUCUCUGAUGUGGGGCACAGUGAGAGGGAUGCUGAUGAAGUGUGUGGGUUUCUCCUUCUCUCUGUUGGUCCACACAAUAAUCUCCACUCUUCUCUUGGCAUCUGCCACAUUUGACUUGGCUGGACCCUCAAUUACUAAACAGGGGGUUAGAAAAAGCAGCUCAAAACUGUGUACAUGUCAAAGUGAUUCCAGUUACCAACAUCUCCUUCUAUUCCCCUGGAAGGCAGCCACAGGUGACACUCCAACAUUAUCUACCCCAAUUCACAAUCAUUAUUUUUACCCCGAUUACCACAUUCCUCUUACCCCAACAUUAUAUACCCCAAUUCACAAUCAUUUUUACCCCAAUUACCACAUUCCCCUUACCCCAACAUUAUCUACCCCAAUUCACAAUCAUUAUUUUUACCCCGAUUACCACAUUCCUCUUACCCCAAUUACAAACAUUAUUCUACCCCAAUUACCACAUUCCUCUUACCCCAACAUUAUCUACCCCAAUUCACAAUCAUUAUUUUUACCCCGAUUACCACAUUCCUCUUACCCCAACAUUAUCUACCCCAAUUCACAAUCAUUAUUUUUACCCCGAUUACCACAUUCCCUUACCCCAACAUUAUCUACCCCAAUUCACAAUCAUUAUUUUUACCCCGAUUACCACAUUCCUCUUACCCCAAUUACAAACAUUAUUCUACCCCAAUUCACAAACAUUAUUCUACCCCAAUUACCCCAAUUACCACAUUCCUCUUACCCCAAUUACCACAUUCCCCUACCCCAACUACUUACCCCAAUUCACAAUCAUUUUUACUCCAAUAACCACAUUCCCCUUACCCCAACAUUAUCUACCCCAAUUCACAAUCAUUAUUUUUACCCCAAUUACCACAUUCCUCUUACCCCAAUUACAAACAUUAUUCUACCCCAAUUACCACAUUCCUCUUACCCCAACAUUAUCUACCCCAAUUCACAAUCAUUAUCUAUCCCAAUUACCACAUUCCUCUUAUCCCCAAUUACAAGCAUUAUUUUUACCCCAAUUACCUCAUUCCCCUUACCCCAACAUUAUCUACCCCAAUUACCACAUUAUCAAUUAUUUUAACCCCAAUUACCACAUUCCCCUUACCCCAAUUACCACAUUAUCAAUUAUUUUAACCCCAAUUACCACAUUCCCCUUACCCCAACAUCCAACAUUAUCUACCCCAAUUACCAUAUUAUCAAUUAUUUUAACCCCAAAUACCACAUUCCCCUUACGCCAACAUUAUCUACCCCAAUUACCACAUUCCUCUUACCCCAAUUACAAACAUUCUACCUUAACCCAAUUACAAUUAUUAUUUUUACCCCAAGUAUUGAUGCCCAAUUAACCUUACAUUCCUCUUACCCCAAUUACUAGGACUCACUGCCCAGUACAACUCUGCUGACACAAACUAGAAAUAUGAGCACAACAAAUUCUCAAUCUUGUUAACUUGGCCAUUGCAAUAGCUUCCUUCACCACUGCUUUUUGCCUUCUCCUAUAUAAGUGUAUAUACAGUAUGAACAACAGUAUGAUGGUAGGGACGCAAACCUCUUCUUCUUCAGAGAAAAUCCGCAGGACUCCGACAGUGAGGUGGAACUUCUCAGGUAGCUGGAACACAUCUUCACAAAUCCCUCUCUCCUGAGAACACAUUUCAUAUCACAGUCAGUCAGUCGUGAGUUGCUUACUCUUCUGCAGGAGUCCAGUACAGAAGAUUUGAACAGCGAGACUCUGUCUCUGAUGUGGGGCACAGUGAGAGGGAUGCUGAUGAAGUGUGUGGGUUUCUCCUUCUCUCUGUUGGUCCACACAAUAAUCUCCACUCUUCUCUUGGCAUCUGCCACAUUUGACUUGGCUGGACCCUCAAUUACUAAACAGGGGGUUAGAAAAAGCAGCUCAAAACUGUGUACAUGUCAAAGUGAUUCCAGUUACCAACAUCUCCUUCUAUUCCCCUGGAAGGCAGCCACAGGUGACACUCUGUGUCUCUCUCUAUACCCUUCUUGAUCCGACCUUCUCUCCCAAUGAUAUACUUGAAGAAAACUGAAGACUAAACUACACUGUCUCCUUCUCCUCCUCCUCCACAAACCCAUCUGAAGGCUCCAGUCUCUCGGCCUCUCUACCUCUUCUCUCCCUGCUGCCUGCUCGCCGUCCAAACUCCACGUCUG